AUGGCCUCAGCUGACCGCCUCAAGCAGACUGGGCUACUCGAUUCAAGCCCUACUCUGUCUAGGGAACCGCAGUCGCUUGACGACUCAGAUGAGGACACGACUUCCGAUGCUGAGGAACCUUCCUCUACCUCGAGACCAUCUGGCCCUGUGAAACACCCAAUCCAUCGAGUCAACGCACCCGGUAGCGUCCAGGCUGUCGCAAUCGAUGAUGAUGUUCUCUUCGCUGGCACUCAAGGAGGCAACAUCGUUGUCUGGUCACUCGAAACUUAUGAGCUGCUAGCCUCUGUGUCCGCCCACAAAGAAAGCGUGCUUAGCCUGGUUCUAUCUGAGGACAAAACACUCCUGUUCUCGAGUGGUGCCGACUCGAUUGUGAACAUCUGGGCCACGGCGUCCUUGCAGCGGCUGUACUCCUUGUAUUCGCACUUUGAUAUUGGUGAUGUCUUCUGCUCUGCUCAUUCGUUGCGCACCCAGACACUCUUCUGGGGCGCCCAGAAUUCCAGCAUUCAGUGGUACAAGAUCAGCACAGAAACUGGGUUGAAGUCUCCUGCGACAUUCUCGCCGGGCUCCCGGAAACACCGAUUCUUUGACUCGCUUGGGCCUGGAGGCAUGACCAAUGCAGUAUCGGAUGAAGAUGGUCCAAACAACGACCUGGGUGGCCGCGUCUUGACGAUUCCGAGCCAAAACUAUCUCCCAUAUGCUCAUAAGAGCUACAUCUACAGCGUCCUGUUGGUGAAAGGGAUAAGCGCCCACGACAAGGAUGAAGAAGUCCUCAUCACCGGAGGUGGCGAUGGGACGAUCAAACUUUGGACAAUCGAUAACCUGUCUUCUUGUCGGCCCACACAAUUCACCAAGUUCAAGACUCCAGACUUGAGUGUCUUGAGCCUCUCAUACCGGAACUUGUUUCUCUAUGCCGGCUUGUCGGACGGGACCGCCAAUAUCUACAAUCUUGCUUCAAAUCAACUCGUCCAAAGGUUACAAGUGGGCCACGGUGAUGUGAGCCAAAUCAUCUUGAGCAUCGAUAGUAUUUGGUGCGGAACAAGUGAAGGAUGGAUCAAGCGGUACAAUGACCAUUUCAUGGAGACAGAAUCCUGGCAAGCCGCGAAGGGCAAGAUCCUUGCUUUGGGAACAAUUACCACACCUGAUCACGAUGUUCUCGUUUCAGGCGGCAAUGAUAGCCUCGUCUCUUUCUGGGGAAGUCGAGGUGCCUCUGACGACCCCAGUGCCGCAUCUGCAAGAAGCAACGAUGAACUCGUGAACUCACUACGAGAAUUUGUCGCUUUUCGUACAGUGGCAUCAGCCUCAGCGCAUGUUCGUGACUGCCAUGAAGCUGUGACGUUCUUGCGGAAGAAAUGCAACACUUUCGGUGCUGAUACCCACCUCCUCUCACCUCAACAAGGUGUCAAUCCAAUACUAUUGGCGAAGUUUCCCGCGUCCAACCCUUCAGCUUCGACCCGGUCCAUCUUGUUUUACGGGCACUACGAUGUUGUCGAUGCCGAAUACGACUCGAACAAUCCACAUCCAACAUGGUAUGGUGAUCCCUUUGUCCUGCAGCCUUUGAGUUCCUUUCUCUAUGGUCGCGGUGUAACCGACAACAAAGGCCCCAUACUGGCGGCCGUAUAUGCUGUGGCUGACCUUGUCCAAGAUGGCAAGUUAUCAUGCAAUGUGACCUUUCUCAUCGAGGGCGAUGAGGAAGCCGGCUCUCGUGGUUUUCGUAAAACAGUUGAAUCAGCCCAUGAUGCUAUCGGCCCUGUUGACUUCGUCCUGUUAUCCAAUAGCUAUUGGCUUGAUGACCAUAUCCCCUGCCUCACGUUUGGUAUGCGAGGUGUCAUCCACGCCAGCAUCACUGUUUCAUCUAACAGACCAGACUUGCACUCUGGAAUGGACGGAAAGUCCGUACAGCACGAACCGCUCAAGGACCUCACGGUCCUUCUUGCCAAGUUGGUCGGUCCAUCCGGCACCGAAGUCACUAUUCCAGGCUUCUACGACAGUGUUGAUGCACUCUCUGAAGACGAGGUGAAAGGCUACGCCUCGAUCACUUCAUCUCUCCUACCUGGACAUCCAGAAAUCAAAAAUGAGAAGUCUUUCGCCCUUUCACUUAUGCAGCGAUGGAGAUACCCCAAUCUGACUGUACAUCGCAUUGAAGUCCCAGAAGCAAAGACAGCUGUCACUAUAUCCGGGUCUGCAAAAGCAACACUGUCGAUAAGGAUUGUGCCAUCCCAGACAGCCGAACAGAUUGCACAAUCAUUGACACGGUACAUCAAGGAUGAGUUCGCCAAGCUGCAGAGCUCCAGUACCCUCACGGUUGCCAUUACAUCAAAAGCGGAUCCUUGGCUUGCAGAUGUGAGAAGCGAGAUCUACGAGGCUCUCAAGGACGCUAUAGUCGAUAUAUGGAAUCCUGACGUUGCAGUAUCUCAUCAGCGAGCUUUCAAGAUAGCCGAUGACAUUAAGAGCAACCCAUCUACCCCUUCUCGCCCUGGCCCUACACCCACCUUUUCCUCGCCGAAGUCGCCCACGUCUACCAAGAACCCUUUCUAUCCAAACUCCUCGUCGUCGUCAACACCGACCCGGUCCUCCCAUAGACGAGCUUCCUCAUUAGCGGCCACUGGUUCCUUCCCACCUUCGGCACUUCCGCGUGAACCGCUGUUCAUCCGCGAAGGCGGCAGCAUUCCGGCAAUCUCAUUCCUAGAACACGAGUUUAACGCUCCUGCAGCAAUGUUCCCUAUGGGACAGGCAAGCGACAAUGCACAUCUGGAUAAUGAGAGGAUGAGAGUUGAAAAUCUGUAUAAGGGACGGGAGGUGCUGAAGAGAGUGUUCGCGAGACUGUGA